UCAUAAUUCCAGAAUAUUGUUGACCCAUUUUAACCUAAACACGCACCUCUCUUUAUCUCUCUCCCUCUCUUUGAACUGUUCCUCUGUGCAGAGGUGGUCCUUCUUCCCUCUUCCUCUAUUUUGUCUUCAAGUCAAACCAAAUCUCGCAGCUCUGGCCACCAAUUUCCACCUAAUAUUUUGAUUAUUUUCCUUUCAUAGACUUCACAUAUAUAUACAUCACACUACAGCCUCAAUUCAGAUUCUCAUUCAGAUUCAUCGGAGAAGAAGUAGAAGAAUUUUCUAGAGUUGUUCGGAGAGAAUGGCGCAGAAGAGGUUCAUCAUAGAGAUGGAGAAGGCGAAGGAGGCAAAGGACGGGAGGCCGUCGAUCGGACCGGUGUACCGGAGUUCCUUCGCCAGGGAUGGAUUUCCGAAGCCGAUUGAGGGAAUGGAGAGCUGCUGGGACGUUUUCCGCCUGGCUGUUGAAAAAUAUCCUGGAAAUCGCAUGCUUGGUCAACGAGAGAUUGUGAAUGGGAAGGCUGGUAAAUAUGUGUGGCUAACUUAUAAAGAAGUAUAUGACAAAGUGAUGAAAGUUGGAAAUUCCAUCCGCAGUUGUGGUGUUAAUGAAGGAGGACGAUGUGGUAUCUAUGGUGCUAAUUCUGCUGAGUGGAUCAUGAGCAUGGAGGCGUGCAAUGCUCAUGGGCUCUAUUGCGUUCCUUUAUAUGAUACCCUAGGUGCCGGUGCCGUGGAAUUUAUCAUAUGCCAUUCAGAGCUGUCAAUUGUUUUCGUAGAAGAAAAAAAGAUUCCUGAGGUGUUGAAAACAUUUCCUAACACAACUGAAUACUUGAAAACAAUUGUGAGCUUUGGCAAGGUUACACCUGAACAAAGGGAAGAAGUUGAAAAGUUUGGUUUGGCCAUAUAUUAUUGGGAGGAAUUCUUGCAACUGGGAGAUGAUAAAAAAUUUGAUCUUCCAUUGACAAAGAAAAACGACAUUUGUACAAUAAUGUACACAAGUGGAACAACCGGUGACCCCAAAGGUGUGAUGAUUUCCAAUGAAAGCAUUGUUACUCUUAUUGCUGGGGUGAAGCGCCUGCUACAGAGUGUCAAUGAAGAGUUGAAUGAGAAGGAUGUAUUUAUUUCAUAUCUUCCUCUAGCACAUAUCUUUGAUCGGGUGAUUGAAGAGUUAUUUAUUUCUCAUGGUGCCUCAAUAGGAUUUUGGCGAGGGGAUGUCAAAUUAUUGGUUGAAGACAUUGGGGAGCUAAAACCGACUAUUUUCUGUGCUGUUCCUCGCGUAUUAGAUAGGAUAUAUUCAGGUUUGAAACAGAAGAUUUCUGCAGGUGGUUUAUUGAGAAAUACACUGUUCAACAUUGCAUACAAGUACAAACAAUACAACCUGUGGAAGGGGGUUAAAACCCUAGAGGCAGCUCCUAUUUGUGAUAAAAUAGUCUUUGGCAAGGUAAAGCAAGGUUUAGGUGGAAACGUACGACUUAUUUUAUCUGGAGCCGCACCACUCUCUACCCAUGUGGAAGCUUAUCUACGAGUGGUGACUUGUGCUCAUGUUCUACAAGGAUAUGGUCUGACUGAAACUUGUGCGGGCACAUUUGUCUCACUGCCAAAUGAAAUUAGCAUGCUUGGUACAGUGGGCCCUCCAGUACCAAAUGUUGACGUAUGCCUAGAAUCUGUUCCUGAAAUGGGAUAUGAUGCCCUCUCAAGCACACCACGUGGAGAAAUAUGCAUACGAGGGAAAACCUUGUUCUCGGGAUACUAUAAACGUGAAGAUCUCACCAAAGAGGUCUUGGUUGAUGGAUGGUUCCACACAGGGGAUGUUGGUGAGUGGCAACCUGAUGGGAGCAUGAAAAUUAUCGACCGCAAGAAGAACAUAUUCAAGCUUUCACAAGGAGAAUACGUUGCCGUUGAGAACUUGGAAAACAUUUAUGGUCUUGUUUCUGAUAUUGACUCGGUAUGCCUCUCAAAUGUGUCAUCAUACGUUUUACCUGAAUUUAUCACUCCUUUUUUUCCCCUGAUUUUGGUUCUCUCUCAGUUUCAUUGUGUAUGCCUCUCAAAUGGUGUCAUUAUAUUUUUAGAUACGGUCAUGUUUUGGAAGAUGUUUCUUUCACGUGAAUCCUGUCUCUUGCCUGUUCUUUAUAUGUUCCCAAGAUGUUUUCUUUCAUCCAAAUUUAUCCUACUCUUUUCCCCUGAUUCUCUCUCUGUGAAUGUGUGGGAGGAUGGGCAUGUGCACAUGCAAGCUGCCUUUUUGGUGUUGAGGUUUAUAUUUGAACCACAAAAAAAAAAAACCUCAAUCAAGGAGCUGUCUCAUUCUUGGUGGUACAGUAGUUUUUUACUUGCAUAACGUCAUGUGCUUGCUUUCUUGUUUCACAGAAUUUACCUUCUCUGCAAUUCCAUUUAGGAUUAUACCACCACUCCUGUCCCCAUACAUGUGGACCUUCAAAGGGGCUUCAAUUCUUUGAUUGGUGCAUUGUAACAGAAGUUCCCGGUGCCACAGUUACAUAUUUACUAUAGUAACCUCUUACAAUGAAAAACAAUUUUUUGAACAACUUGAUUGAAUAAUUAGUUUUGUUUUUUAUGAAUAUGUGAUGCCAAAGUUUCUGUUCUGGGUAAAUAGGUUUGCUGAUUUUUGGUUCCUGAUAUUGUUCCACUCAUCAGAAAUCUGUAGUGUUUGACUCUGAGAACUAUUUCCCCUCUUUUAAUUGCAGAUAUGGAUUUACGGCAACAGCUUUGAGUCCUUCCUUGUUGCUGUUGCUAACCCCAAUCAGCAAGCACUUGAACGGUGGGCUAAAGAGAACAAUAUUUCUGGGGAUUUUGAUUCCCUUUGUGAAAAUCCCAAGGCAAAA